UUCCGUCAUUUUGUUCUGUCAAGAAACGGUCAAAAAUUAUAAAAAUAAGGUUCUUUUUCUCACUAUUAUCAUCGAUCAUCAAUGGUGACUCACAUUCACGAUUAUUUAAAAUGUUUCCCCUGUCAAGAUAAAUCUGUGAGUAGUGGAAACUGCGAUCCAAUAUCAUUUUGUGUUUUGUCGGCUUUUGUUUCCAAAACUGACAGCUUUGCCAUUUCAACAACACUGUCGCCAUCGUAAACCAUCGAAACAAAUUCGCGAUGUGAAUUUUAGUGAAAACGAUGGGAAAUAGUGACUAUUAGUGGCUUUUAGGAACGUCGUCUUUGGAUAAUGCAAAACCGUACUGGCAGCGGUGUAUUUUGCGGCUUGGAUUCUGUCGUAGGAUUUUAGAAACCCUUGUGUUAUUGUUUUGAAACGUUUUUAUUCGCGUAAAAACGCAAUCAAAACAAUGGAACUGGGUGACAGAGUUUACGCCGCCGAAAGGAUUAUGAAAAAAAGAAAUCGCAAGGGUGUGGUAGAAUACUAUGUGAAGUGGAAAGGAUGGAGUCAGCGCCAUAAUACUUGGGAACCAGAAGAAAACAUCUUAGAUGUGCGCCUAAUUGAUCUUUAUGAGCAGUCCCAAAAAAAUGAGGGUGGCAACAAAAGGGGACCAAAAAAGCGUGAAAAGCGGGAGGCGCCACGUGAAGUGGAAACUGAAGAUGAAGGUCGAAGUGGUGAUGAGAGCCAGGAUGAAGGGCAGGGAGCACAAACUGCUGGAAAACUAAAAAGAGAAAGUCGUGAGAGGGAUGUUUUGGUCAAUGUGGAUGAUGAAGAGACGCGGGCAGGUAAAUUAGGUUCAGAAGAUACAUCAGAAUCCACACCCACACCGGCAGUUGUACCAGCUGAAAAUGAAAAUUCAAAUAGUUCAAGCAGUGAGGACAGAAGGCCAUUGCUUUCUAGAAUUGAGACUGGCACGAAAAGAAAAGCUGAAGUUCUAUCCAAAGAAAGUGGGAAAAUCGGGGUUACCAUCACAACAAGUAGCCCUACUAGCUCUAGUCCACCUCCAGUUAAGGCCCCGAAAAUUUCGUCGAAACAACACACCCCAGCUCCCAUACGCCCUAACGGACGUCAACCCUCAAAAUCUGAAGAAGAAACCUCAGCGAUUCCCAAUGCUUCUAGCCCAGCGGUGCUUACCGCCACGGCGCCUCGCACUAGUACCGACAAGAGGCAACCCAGAUCGCAGACCAAUGCUCCUGAUCCCAGUUUACCUCACAGCUCAUCUCGGGAAGCUGCAUCUCCCAAUGAAACCGAAAAGCGACCAGAAAAAGUCGAGGUCAAGUUGGAGAUUGGUGCCAAUGAGAAACCCGUAGCGGUAAACGGGCACAAUAAUGUCGCUCAGGGUAAUGAUCUGGCUGAACUUACUAGCCCGAGUUCCGAUUAUUGGUUGGCUCGAAAUCCAGUAGCAGAUCAGGUUUUUAUUACCGACGUCACGGUCAAUUUGAAAACGGUUACUAUACGGGAGUGUAAGACAGAAAAGGGUUUCUUCAAAGAACGAGAGGACAAGGUGAACGCUGGUGAUGUGGUUUAGCAUGUGCCGGCGUAACUCCCUAUUUUUUACGCCAAGGUGAAACAUGGAAGGCUGUUAUUUUGUAGGACAUAGUUGAAUCAGUAAGGCUGACAUUUGGUAGGUUCAGUUUCACCUUUUUAUUUCAUUUGGCGUCGAUUGCUGUGAAGUCUCAGUUCUUUACUUGAUACGCCAUAACAAAGAGACAAGCAACUGCAAAGCCGAGAGUAAACACGGUUUUGAGUACCCUCCUUUUUAUUCUAUGAGCUUUACAUAAAAAUUUUACAUAUUGUGGUUCAUUGAAACGAUUUUACAUUUCUUUUUUUUACUUCAUUUUAUACACCUUUAUAUUGUGUCCCAUUUUUUGGGUUUGUACAUAUCUUGUUUUAAAUUAUACAUCUGUUUAAUAGUAACCAAUUUCUUAUAUUGCAUUGUGGGAAAAUAGCAAGUUUAGAGACGGCAAAGUUAAGAAUAAUCCUGGUUUUAAGUACUCUCCUUUUUAUUUCAGAGAGCUUUGGAGUAAACUUUUACAUUUUGUGGUUCAUUGAAAUAAUUUUACAUUUCUUUUUUCUUCAAUUUAUACACAUUUAUAUAUUAUCCCAUUUUUUGGAUUUGUACAUAUCUGGUUUUAAAUUGUACAUCAGUUUAAUAUUAACUAAUUUUUUAUAUUGCAUUGUGGGACAAUAGCAAGUCUGCAAGGCGAAAAUGUGUUUUAAGCUUGCAUGAUAGCAUUAGUUGGGACUAUAUCCUUCGUGGCUGUCUUUAUUGUUUGAAUCAUUAGUGAUAUUACAUGAAAAUUUUGGGAAUAUGAUAAACAAUCUGCUGUUAAAAUAGCACCCAUUGAAUCUAAUAGGCAAUUAUUUUUAUAUGACGAUUUCAGAAUUUUGUAAUGCAAAAAAUGCCUAGUUUUUAUGCUGUUUGGAAUUUUUUUACUGGCAAUCUCUUGUUUGUGCCAAAAACUGUAAAAUCCAAAACAAAAGAAAAAAUAUUGAUUUUGAAAUUGCAAGAUGGUAUAUUAUUUAACGAGUUUUAUAAGGGACUGAAGAAAUUCUUACUGGUCCAUACUGUUGUUUUUCUAUGAAUAUUAGUCUUAGUACCAAAUACAGACUCAUAUUGGUCCGGGACAGUUUUUAAUGAAGCUAGUGUUUUAAAGUGACACCAUGCACAUGUAAUUAAUUGGGUUUUUUAGGGUAGAGAAUGGAAAAACAUUUUAAUGGUUGUAAUUGAUUACUAGAUCUGGAAUGGACAUUUUAAUUGGGAUAGAUUUGUUAAAAUUUUCUUUCCAAAAAUGUUUUCUUGUGCACGGUCACUUCUAUGCUUCCUUUGUAUGUUCGUUAUACCCAUGAGAUGGAGGUGAGAGAGGUUCGUUGCUUUCCCCGCCCUUUUGUGUUGUUUUUUUUUUUUUAAUCAUGUAGUCAUAGAGUGGACAGAAAAACAAUUGACUACGCUCUGCGAUGCAUAGGCGCUAGUAACUCUCUGUGAAAUCCACGACAUAAGGACCAUUUCAAAAAAAAAGAGUUAAAACAGAGCAUUAUCUCCCUGGUGUUUGUUUUAAGUUUAAUUUAGUAUGCCGUCAACGUGGGUUUUUCUUUUCUUCUUUUCCAAGCUAACCAAUAAGAGAGUUACACUACUCGUCACUAAAAUUACAUAGUUCUCCUCCCGGCACAUACUUCAAAGAGUAGCUAUGUUGUAUACACACUUUUAGUCAAGUUUCUGUAGUAUGUUAUUUUAUGAUUUUGCAAGACCACUUGAAACAUCCCAUCAUAAGGGAAACCACAAGUGUAACAAAGAUAGUUCGAGAUUUUUGAAAUUAUGAACAUUUUAUAAAGCACAUUACUUGUAACAAAUAAUGGUCCAUGCGAUACUGAACGGAACAUAUUUCGGAUUGGAGAGAUUUUUAGCAGUACCAUCCAUCGUCUUCAUUGCUUUAAAGGUUCGGUGCAUGUUGUCCUUUCCUGUGGACAUACAUUUUUCUUCUUGGUUUUAAAACAAUUGAUAAUAAUAAACACAUAUAACUUCUAUUACUAUAGAGCACUUAUUUAGACGCUUAUUUUAACUUAAUUAUUUGAUUAAUCAUAUUGCGCGAGAAUAAAUAUAAUUAACAUAAUAUAACAAAAUUUUCAAACUUGAAAUGUUACUUUUAUAAAAUUCAACAAUUGUGUUACGUUACUUUUUGAAGUAAGGUCAAGUUCAAUUAAAUAAGUUUGUGUGAAUUUUAGAAUGAAAAAAAAAAGUAUUUAUGCGUAAAAAAAAUAUUUUUCCAGUUUUUUACAUAAAUGUCAUAAAUCAUAAAAGCAUACUUCGACCAAUUAAAAUUUUAAUUCAUUCAAUUUUUUGUGUGUUAAAUUGAACAAGAUUUUGCAUGGAAUAUGCCGACUAAAAGUUAUUAAAUAAAAAUAUUUGUUUUUACUUACUUUCGACUCUUUCAUGCCUCCUUCCUUAUUAUGCCCGAUUCUCUUAUUGAGCUAUGAUGAUCGAUUUUAAUUUUUUAGGAUUUUUUUGUGAAAUAAAUAUUUAAGAAACAAAAAUCAAAUAACAAAAAAUAUAAUCAGGUAUGAAUUAAUUUCUUAAUACAAUAAACAAAACUCAUAUAAAAGCAUCAAAAGUGUGUUUAGAUGGAUGAAAUCUUGAUUUUCUUUUAAAAAUUUGUCCCUAUCAUGGAAACAAAGUAAUUGAGAUUCCCCGUUUAUAAGAAUUUGUAUUUUAUUUAGUUUUUUUUGUAAUUAAAAGAAAAUAGUGUUGAAAAAAAUUACAAAUAUAAAUGAAAUACAGUUACUAUGAUGACUAUGGAUGACUAUGAUAUGAGUGAGUGGUUGGCGUUGGCUUUAUCCAAACACCAUUGUCUCGGCAUUGCACUUCAGCAAAAAUGAACUUAUUGAAAAACAAUUCAAAUGAAAAAAGGAAUAUUGUAUAUAACACCAAAAUGUGCUACAUCAUGAAGUAGAAGGUCAUGUUUAAUAAAAUAGUAAUAGUGGGAUUUUGGCAGUUCCAAAACCGUAAAAAAUGUGUUACUCUUCAUGUCUUCACGAAACUAUUUGAACUCCUUUCAUGCCUUGAAGCACAACAAACGAUUUUAAAAUGAUACCGGAAUACUUGUUGGAGCAAAAGCCUGCGAUAUAUAUAUACAAUCUUAUGUAAUGUUGUGUGCACGGAUGGAUGUAUGUGUACUGCUGUUGAUCCGGGUAUUCAUCGUAGGCUAGGAUCAAACAACGAACGGAUGAAUACCCGAAUCAACACCAGUACCCAAACUUAUAUAAGAAUAUACAUUGUGUCGCAAGCAGUUAUUUUGUAGCAGACUUAAGAAUGAGUUGGCGAGAUUUAUAAAUACAGCUUUUAACAACAGUUUGUAUAAAUGAGCAAUUUAUAAUUGCGUUGAAAUUUGUGAGAUGUUAAGACUAUUUUCCCAAUAGAUUGCUGCAGUUACAUACAAGGUAUUAUAAACAGCCCGGUUUCAGUGUAGAUACAUAUAUUUUAUAGAAUUUAUCCAUUAAUUAUUUAUUUAUUUGGUUAGUUUUAUAACUUACUUAAUUUUAAAUUAUUUAUUGUGUAAGGUUUUUAAUCUAGACUUUAAGGCGAGGUUGGUUUGUUGAUCAAAAAACCGAGAUGUACAAUUGUCAUUUGUAAAUAAUGUAAAUUGCAAUAGAUAGUUGUUUCUGUUAUUGACUAAGCCAUCUUUUUAAUAAAAACAAAAUCAGAAAA